GUUUGAUCACAAUUAAUCGCAAUGGCCGUGCGUGUGCACGUCUAGUGCGUUAAUCGAAUAAUAUUUCAUUUUAUUUUUUGUUUAUUAAAAAGGAAAUUUAUAGAAGAGUGCGAGAAUAUUUUUUUUUUGGAUAAUUAUUUUAAUAAAAGUGAAAAUAAUAAGGCUGUUCGUUAGUCGCUACCUUUAACUAUUAUAUGUGUUUUGUUUUUUUUUAAUUAUGUUUGAAGUAUUUAAGAAACAAUUGAAGCUACAAUGGCGGCAAUAUUUGGCCGCGUCUUUAGCGAGUUACGGCAGCCUGUGUACGGGCAUGUCGAUGGGCUGGACUUCGCCGGUGUUGCCGCAGCUUCGGGGGCCCAACUCCCCCCUGCCCAGAGUGCCCACCCUGCAGGAGGAGUCCUGGAUCGGUUCUUUGCUCGUGCUCGGAGGACUAUUCGGCCCAUUUAUAACGGUGCCGCUGUCGAAAUACGUGGGUAGGAAAUGGAUUAUCAUGGGGUCAAACGUGCCGCUGCUGCUGGGCUGGCUGCUGGCAGGAGUGGCGACAGACCUGCCGACCCUGUACGUGGCGCGUCUCGCGUGGGGCUGCGCCACGGCCAUGCAGUUUGCUACCGUACCACUCUAUAUAGGAGAGAUUGCUGAGGACAAAAUUCGUGGUGCUCUAAGUGCGUUUUUCCUGCUGUUCAUUAACAUUGGCUUUCUGCUGGCAUAUGCCAUCGGCCCGUUCACUUCUUACUGGGGGCUGACGGCUUGCGGCGGCAUACUAUCCCUCUUUUACGUGCCGUUCACUUGGAUGCUGCCUGAGACGCCUUUCUUCCUCGUUUAUAAAGGUCAAUAUGAUCAAGCAUCAGAUGUACUCCAAAAGCUUCGCGGAGGCAGCAAGGAGCAGGUAGAACCAGAACUGGAAGGUCUGAAGGCGAUGGUGACUCGGGAAUUUAAAGUGGAACCCAAGAUCAGCGAUCUCUGGGCUACUAGAGGCAAUGUUAAAGCUUUAGGUAUUUGCAUAUUCCUGGCGAUGUUACUGCAGCUGUCCGGGAUUGACGUGCUGCUGUUCUACAUGGAGGAGCUGCUCGCGAAGGUCGGCACCAAGAUCUCUCCGUCGGACGGCACCAUCAUCAUGGGAGUCGUGCAGGUAGUAACCAGUUGUAUCACCCCGAUGGUAGUGGACAGACUUGGCAGGAAACUCCUCAUGUGGACCACGUCACUGGGCCUAACUAUCUUCCUGUUCCUGAUCGGCAUCUACGCGCUGAUGGACAACUACUACGGGUACAACGUGGCGCCGGUCGCGUUCAUACCGCUGCUCUGUCUCAUCGUCUACAUGAUACUCUUCACGUUAGGCGUGGGCCCGGUGCCGUGGAUCCUGGUGGCGGAGAUGUUCCCCGUGAAGACCAAGUGUCUCGCCAGCGGCAUCUGCUCCGGCAUGUGCUGGCUCGCAGGAUUCAUAUGGACGAGAUUCUUCCGCGACGUGGCGGCCUCCUACGGGAUAUACACUGCGUUCUGGAUCCUGGCGGUGUGCUGCGGCAUCGGGUUCAUCUUCUCCAUCACGCUGCUGCCUGAGACCAAGGGCAAGACCUUCGACGAGAUCCAGGACAUGUUGAAUAAUAGGACACAGGAAGUGAAACCCGUCGACGUGUAAACUAGAAAUAUGUAUAUAAUAAGCAUUUGUAAAUAAAUUAUUGUUGAAACGUGA